CUAAUCAUGAAUGAGCGAAAACAUGGAUGAUGUGUGAGUGUGUCGCAAGAAAUUUCGCUUGGAUUCUGUUCACGAACGGCAUGCCUUCAUGUCCUGCCGUUCGUUGGCUCAGGGGUUUAUUUGGAUUUUAGUUGCCUGUUGCUGUGGUCCCUUGUUGACUCCAUGCCAACGCUGCCUGAUUUGGGCUUGGAGGCUGAUGGACUUCCUUCAGUUGACUUCGCCAUCAGGUCGCCAAAUGUCGAGGAGACAUCAUCAGAGGAGGGGUCGAUUCAUGCGGACUACGCAGCUGACGCACCAUCCAGGCGUGAGGCUGGCGGCUAUGUUGAUGAGAUCCAGCUCACCGAGAUGGAUGCGCCAAGUUCCCCGGGUCCUGAAAAAACCAGGGGUGUGCCAGGGUCACCGGCUCCCUUAGGUUUGGAAAGUGAAGCACUUAUGGGCAAUGGACAGGUGCGAAAUGACAGUGCGGCUCUCAAUGCCAUGCCAUCCCCAGUUCGAGGUCGCCGAUCUCUUUCCCCACCACGAGGAGCAGAACGGUCCGAAGCUCAUGACGCCUGCUCCGACACCCGCCAGGGGCGCACUUUGGACUUGAUGGAUGACAGCAUCAUGGGAGCGUCUCCUCGGACUGAGGAAUCAAUGGAUUCACUGGCUUCCUUUUUUGAAGAUGGCCACUACCAUGUUCCACUCCACGUGCCUGCGGGAGAUGAGCCACUCACAGAGCCUAGUCAACAGCAGCGGGACUGCCAUUCUGGUCGAGAUGAUGAGUCUCAUCACGUUCAUUGCUGCCAACAUGGCGUGCCUUGCACAAUUUCCUUUCCUAGCCCAGUGGCGCCAGCAGGACCUGGGUCAAGCGUCGGGCCACCUCAAUUUGGGCGCUACGUGCAUGAGACAGCCGUAGAAGUGGCGACUGCAACACCACCCGAUUCGCAGGACCUACUACGUGCACGAGUUCCUCGCAUUCCUGCCCCAACAGCUCACGAGUCUUUGGCCGAACUUCCAAGUUCGAGCUUGAGCCCCAGGAACCAUGCUGCGCCAUCCAGCGCCCCAAUGUGUCGCAGCGGCAGCAUGCCAGAAAUCCCAAAUGAUUCGGCACAGCAUGGAGUUGCCUAUGCGGAUGCUUCAUCUCAAGGAGGAGCUGGAGCAGCCUUUGAACGCACAAGUGCAGGAAGAUCGCGCCCAGCAGCUCCUGCACCGGAAGCACAUCCACCCAGGAUUCAAAGUGCAGGACCUAUGCCAGCAGAUGCUGAAGGUGGAGGCCGAUUUGGCGCAGAAAUGAGGACUGAAGGUCAAGCAUUCCCGGCAGCAAGUGGGUAUCGCCCAGGAUUUUCUGGGCAUCCCAUGGUGGCUGGCAUUGCACCACAGAGUCGAGGAUGUGGCGGCCCAUCUCCUGUAUCACACCCGCUGAAUCACGCGGCCAUACCGUUCCAAGCACCUCAGUCCUUCACAGCGUCAAGGGUACCAUUUCAUCAGGACAUUUCUGGAGUUUUGCCGGCGGUCCACCCUUCAAUGGUAGGAGCAGUUUCACCAGGACAAGCUUUGAGCCAAGGUCCAAUUUCAACGCCUCAGCUUCCACCAGGGCAAAGACCAGGUGUUGCUAUGCCGUGGGCAAUGCCCUCACCUCAUGUUCCGCAGAGCCAUGGUUCAUUUCCUAUGCACACCACCUUUCCAGGACCGAUGCCACCUGUGCAAAUCGGGGCCGCUGGACAUGGUGGAGUUGCCCGAGUUGCCACAGCAAAUGAAGCAGGAGCACAGGCGCUGCCAAGAGAAGGGCUGCGGACCACUGGGCCAAUGCCCAUGGAAGCUGACUCGCCUUUGGCUGGUCAAGGGCAUGCACGCACGGAGCUUGGAUCAGGUAUCAAUAGUGGUUCUGGUGUUGCUCCUCCUCCUUCUGGUCCUUGUUUUAGUGCGGCCGGAGCCGCACAAGUGCUCAGGACAGAAGCGGCGAUGCCAGACACAAGGCCUUCAGCUGCACGUGUAGUGCCUCCAGCUGCUACACAGGUAUCACAGACAGAAGGCCGUCUUCCUCCAGCUGAACGGGAGCCACAGACCGAAGAAAGGCCUCAGGAGCAUGCAGUGCAGAACCUCAGCCAGGGUCAACUAUUCUCGCAGGAGGGCGCAUCGGAAGCGGAAGACAUGCGCCACAGCUUGGAAGUGGCAGGGUCUCCUGCGCAGUUCCUGUCGCCAAUUGCACCUUCUUACCUUCCUGAUGUGAACAGCGCUGAGGAUGCUUCACGUCAGUUGGAAACACCCCCCCCACAUCGAAACGAUGGAGAGGGGACAGCAGACAACUCCAGAAAACCCACGUUUGAAAAGAAAGCGGGGACAACAGGAGCCAAUUCGACUGCCAAAGGAGGGCGGCUACAAGCUGGUGCAAGUUGACAUGGACGAGGUUCAUAGCUGCAACCAGGCUGGAAGGCCAAAGAGAAAGCAGAUAAGGGUGUUGAAGAGCUGGCAAAAUGAAAGAGUGGUUUACCAACGGACGGCUGGAUCUGCUUGUCCAACUAUUUGUGGUGUGAUGGUUGCCCAGCCUGUGGAGAAGGACCAUGAAGCUAUUCCUUUACAACUCCACCUUGGUGAAGAUCCAAUUCAAAAGGCAGUGGCAUCCAUGCAGGACAAGGGCUGGAGCCCUGUGCCAAGCAAUCGAUCUGACUCAACCUUCAUGUUUGGACAAAGUGAGGAGGAGAAGAUGAAUGGUGAAGUUGCCGCUGAUGUGCCGGACCCCAAACCAGUCAGAUCUCACGGUUCACACUUGAGAAGUGUUGAGAGGAUGGCGGAGGUGGCCAGCGAUGCAGCUGCUGCCACUCUUGCAGAGGCUACUCCUCCUCGUGCUCGGUCCAGUCACACCACGUCGGGCUUUGUCCGCGUUCCCAUCGCAGCUGGCUCUGCACAUGCUUGCGAGAUCAAGGUUGGCAUAGACAAUGGACACUGGAUGAGUUGUGACAUCAAGAUCCCUCCAAGGUCUUUCAAUACGCCAGAGGAGCUGGCUGCAAGCAGAUCACUCUUGAUCUACGUUGCGCAUUGCCAAGAGGGCACUUUUUCGGCAGCUGUGGAUGGGAGCCUAGUGACCCUUGCAACAGGCAGCUCAAUGGUCAUUCGGCCAGGGCAGGCAUAUUGCCUCAGAAAUGAUUCUGACACAGUAGCUGCCCGCUUGAAGAUGGUGCUGAUCAAUUCGCGAAGGAGCGGAAUGUGAUGGGUUUCUGGAUGAACCGACGAUCCUGUCUUUGACAGCAUGAGCACCUCAAGGGGUCAUGGUGCCGGAACAUUCGGGGUGGCAGGCGAUCGGAAAAGAGUAGCAGUGCCGUGCCAUUGCCGACAACAGCGCUUGCAUAUGAGCCCUUUUGUGUUGGAC